AUGAAAUCUUUAAUUCUUUUAUGUGUCGUUCUUAUAAGUGUACACUGUUUUCCAACGUCGAAUGAAUCUUGGUCUUUAUUUAAACGUGCUUAUGAAAAAAAAUAUUUGUCGAAUAAAGAAGAAAUAAAUCGUCGUCAAAUCUGGGAAAGCAAUGUAGCAAUGAUUCAUCAGCAUAAUCUUGAAUUUGAUACUGGUCUUCAUAGUUAUACACUUGAAAUGAAUAAAUUUGGUGAUAUGACAAAUGAAGAAUUUCGAAAACAAAUGAAUGGAUAUAAAAUGAGCUCAGAGAACGAAAUAAAUCCAAACAGUUAUCAAACAUUUUCAGCACCAGCUGAUUUUGUUUUACCAGAUAGUGUUGAUUGGCGUCCAAAAGGUUAUGUAACAUAUGUAAAAGAUCAAGGUCAAUGUGGUUCAUGUUGGGCUUUUUCAACAACUGGUGCACUUGAAGGACAACAUUUUGCAAAAACAUCAAAACUUGUUCCACUUUCCGAACAACAGUUAGUUGAUUGUUCACAUCUGAAUUUUGGAUGCAAUGGUGGUAAUCAGGAUCUUGCCUUUGAUUAUAUUAAACUCCAUCAUGGAAUUGAUACUGAACAAAGUUAUCCAUAUUUUGCUCACCGCGAAUUAUGUCAGUCCCAUAAACAAGAUAUUGGUGCUAAUCUGACAGGUUAUACUCGAAUAGAAAAGCAUAAUGAAGUAGCUCUUCAAACUGCAAUUGCUACAGUCGGUCCAAUAGCAGUCUCUAUCGAUGCUUCACAAGGUUCAUUUCAAUUUUAUUCAAGAGGAGUGUAUGAUGAACCUAAUUGCUCAACAAAAAGACUUGAUCAUGCCGUUUUAGCGGUCGGUUAUGGUACAUUAAAUUCUACAGAUUAUUAUAUUGUUAAAAAUUCGUGGGGUAAAAAUUGGGGAAUGGAAGGUUACAUACUAAUGAGUCGAAACAAACAAAAUCAAUGUGGAAUUGCUACAUCCGCUCUUUAUCCACUUGUUUAA